GGGAGGAACCCUGCCCAGCCAUGAGUUUCAGGGAGCAAAAUCAAGGGACCUGCGCCAUGGCCUGGACCCCUCUCCUCCUUGGAUUCCUGGCUCACUGCACAGGCUCCGUGGCCUCAUACGUGCUGACUCAACCACCCUCAAUAUCGGUGAACCUGGGACAGACGGCCAAGAUCACGUGUGGGGGAAACAACAUUGGGGAUAAAUAUGCUUAUUGGUACCAGCAGAAGCCAGGCCAGGCCCCUGUGCUGAUUAUCUAUGAGGAUAGCAAAAGGCCCUCAGGGAUCCCUGACCGGUUCUCAGGCACCAACUCGGGGAACACAGCCACCCUGACCAUCAGCGGGACCCGUGCUGAGGACGAGGCUGACUAUUACUGUCAGGUGUGGGACAGCAGUGCUGAUGCUAUUGUGUUCGGCGGAGGGACCCAGCUGACCGUCCUAGGUCAGCCCACGUCCGCACCCUCGGUCACGCUCUUCCCGCCCUCCUCUGAGGAACUCGCCGCCAGCAAGGCCACCCUGGUGUGCCUCAUCAGUGACUUCUACCCCGGCGGCGUUACGGUGGCCUGGAAGGCAGACGGCAGCCCCGUCACCCAGGGCGUGGAGACCACCAAGCCCUCCAAACAGAGCAACAACAAGUACGCGGCCAGCAGCUACCUGAGCCUGUCGCCCGACAAGUGGAAGUCUCACAGCAGCUUCAGCUGCCUGGUCACGCACGAGGGCAAAACCGUGGAGAAGAAGGUGGUCCCCUCACAGUGCUCUUAGGUCCCCGACACCCUCCCCGACCCAGCGGGGCCUGGAGCCACAGGACCUCCAGGACGAUCUUCCCUCCCCCCAGGGUCAUCCCAGCCCUUCUCCCUGCACCCCGUCAACACUCAAUAAAGUGUCCUUUAUUCAAUCAGAAA